AUGAAUCGCCUAAAGCUGAAACCACUGAAGCUUCCCCGCGAUGCGAACCAAACGACCAGCCAACAGUCUGAAGAGGACCGCCCGAACGAACGACAAGGACCCGCAUCGCAAAAAGCUUUCACCAGUGUCACCAGCGGCAGUAGCGCUGGUUCGGUUGGGAGUGCCAGUGCUAGUAAAUCUACGUCCAGCUACGGCGGCAGUCGUAAGGAAUCGUCCGUACGGUUUCGGCUCGAGGACGAACUACUUGGCAGUGGAAGUGAGCUCAGUGGUAGUGCUAGUGCGAGCAUAUCGGAAAGCCUCAGCGCGAACGACAAUCAUGACGACGAUAGUCUAGAGAUUAUGGAAGAAAUUUUAGUUCCGACCGAUGGUGAUGAAGACAACGACGAGGAUGAUGAUGAGCGGGAAAACGUUGGUGGAAUCAGUAGUGCCAGUGUGCCGACGGACGGUAACAGUGACGACAGCAGUUCCAGGAGCGUAGAAGCAUUAAAUCGAUCGAAGCAGCAGAACGUCAAGAGUGGUGGUACGGUUGCCGAUCGAAAGAGGCAGUUGUUCGAUAUUGGUGAAGACGAAGAUUUGUUGCCGCGCAGUGCGGAACGACCCGCCAGUGGUGGUUUGUUUGAUAUAGAUCGUUUGAAUCUUUCCGGAGACCAAAUUGCGCAACAUUUCCAAACCGCCGUUGAAAGUGAUCGAAGCGAAAAGGGAGAGAAUUCAUUCAGCGACCGUCCAAGAUUGUCGGAACAGGAAGAAUACGACGAUUCUUUCGGACAGGCGGCUGGGGAGAUUGAGAAGUCAGACGGUAGCACCGCCAAUCGUAAAGAGGAAAGCAUAAAACCGGUAGAAUUUGUGAAAGUGCAUCAAACGAAAGAAUUAUCGCCGCUCAAUGAGGACGAUGUGUUGAUAAACGAUAGUAAGGUGAACUUGAACGCACUGAUACAACGCAACCAGAUAGUUGUCCCGAAAGGUGGAAUAAAAACAGAAGAAAAGAAUCGAAACGUGAAACUCAACAUCAACGUCAUGGCGGAGGAGAGCAAUAACAACAGUCAGGAUAACAGUUUGAACACGACGAACGACAUUUCGGACUUGGCGCCAGACACGGAAAGCGAACGGGUGGGAAGUGUUGAACUUGACCCACCCAGUGGUUCGAUGCGGAAGAUGAAGCUAUCGGCCGAGUGUAGGAGUCGCAGUGUGCCGGAUGCGAUUGGAGGCGCCAAAAGUAGUGGCGGUGGCCCAUCCGGGAUACGCUUCACGAGUUUAGGGCCCAUGAAGAUGUCCGACAUCGGAAGUGAACAGCCUAACGAAAGUGAACAGGGCAGCUCAUCUUCCGGUGGGAGUGGCAUAUCGGAAGACUUACGCGAACGGAUACUGUCCACUAGUAAAUCGUUCGAAGAAGUCAAGGCGCAAGGUGUCGCUGCGAUAGAAAUGGUGGAAGAUAAGAUAGAACGACCCGGGGUGGAAUCGGUCAAACCGAUGGAACGUGUGUCGGCUGAUCAGAAGGAAGCUUUGGAAGACAUUUCCGAGGAAUCGGAGCAUACGAUUGGUGGCGGUACCUCGUCAAACACGGACGAUGAGCAGCAGAGGGUAGCGGCAAAGCGAGCAGCGAGCCGACAGGAUGCAAACCAGCCCGAAAAUCUGAUCGAACGGGGCAAAGAAAUGCGUACAAUACUCGAGGAGAAGCUCCUGCAGAAGCAGCUCAGCGUAGGAAGUACAAUUUACGAGGAUAAUAAGGAAAAUAUUCCCGACGGAGGUUCACUGAAAGUGACGCCAGAAUUCGACAGUGUCAUCAGCUUGAAGAUGUUCCAAACAAUGGAGAACGAGAUAAAGAAAUUGCAUGAAAUAAUCGCUACCAAAGAUGUACUACUGAAUGCGUACGGUCGCAAAGAAGGUGGAAUACCGGGUAAGGAAACAACCUCCUGCGGCAGUCGAGCGGAAUCGUUACGCGAUCAACAAUUAUGCCGGUCACAUAACAGCGAUUCAAUCAGCCUGACCACCAACUCGACCGAGUACCGUCCGGUUGGUGAUCUGACAGAGAUGGCCGGUACGAGUGGUGCGGAGAAGGAUUUGUAUGGGAAGAUAAUAGAGCGAAGUCAGUGGAUUGAGCUAUUGGCGGAUAAGCUGAAGGAAUCGUUGCAAGAUCGCAAUCAACUGCAGUCGGAAGUUGAGAAGUUGGCGUCGGAAGUGAUACAGCUGAAGAAACAAUUAGCCGAAACGGUGGAGAACAUGAAAUUAAAGGCACAGGGCAGCUGGGGCGGUGUGAGACCACCGGACCAGGAAAGUACCAGCGGUGGCGGUCAACGAAUAUCGGAAAUAUCGAUUGAUUUGGUCAGCGAAACAGAAGAUGGAGGAUUGUCCGAUUUUCCCGACAUAUACGAUGAACCACCGUUAGGACCAUCCGAGAGAGCUCCCGAACAUACCCUGAAACCUCCCGGAUGUGGUGAUCUUUCCGAGUUGAAUCCACUGCACAUUCCUCUAAAGUUAUCCAAACAACUCGAACAAUUCCGUCGCUACCUGUCGCCAGACGAGGUGCGUCUGUUUAACAUGGUACAGGGAAAGUUUGACGAUUUCCUUAUGCAGGAACUGGAUAAGGUGCGUGAUAGUGGUGAAACAGAAAAUCGGUUACUGCGCGAGCAUUUACAGAUCGAACGAGCGGACAAAGAGCAGGAGAUAAACCGAUUGCGGCAGAUGCUCGGCAGCGUGAAGGCCGGUUCAAUCGAGAUCGCCGCACUGCGAACUGAGCUGGAAGCACGCCACACGCAAGAGAUGGCCGAUUUACGCACGUACUUUGAGAAGAAGGUGGUCGAGCUAGAAAAGCAGUACUCGGAGGAGGUGUUUUCACAGCAAAGCCGUCGUGUGUCGAACGAUGACACGGCAUCGGAAAUAUCGGGCGCAGAAGAGUUCCCGGAAGAGAACGGAGGCUACCAAUCCAAGCAUACGAGCCCGCGAAGGAAACAUAAAGAGGGCAUCUAUCUGAGCCCAACCCACCGAAAGAUUACACCGACGACGAUUGAUGCAACGGACGCGAGUGCCGAUGAGGUUCUUGUGGUGGAAAUAAUUGAGGAAAAGGAGCACCGCCAUCUGACAGCAGAUGAGCUUCGCGAAUUCUACCAAACCAAAAUCAAGGAACUAAAUGCUCAACAUGAGCGAGUGUUUUCAAAUCUCCGAGAGAAGUUGAAGGCGUACGAAGCCAAAGAACAGGAAAAACAUGUGUUGUCUAAUCAAACGGCAUCCACCACCUCCUCCGUUGUGAAGGAUCACUGCUCACCAAUAAUGCUAACAAAUGAACCACCACCACCUAUGCCUUCGGCCGAUCGACUUUCAUCACCCACCGACACUGCAGACGUCGCAAAUACUCAUGCUGGCGACGCACUGCUAACUAACCUCAGCUCAUCCGAUACUAACAACAUCAAGCAGGAGCAGCGCCCGGAGCUGCAGCAGCAAGGACCGAUCCGACUGCAAACGCCGCCGUUUGUGGGAGAGUCGGGAUCGGAUACCGAUCUGCAGGAUAUCAUUGCCGGGUAUGAGAGGCGCCUGCAAGAACAGGUCGCGCUUGCCCGGCAAGAUGUUCUGAAGGAGCUGGAAGUCCAGAUACAGGCGCUUCUGACCGACAGUUCAUUUGAAGACAGCCACUGGCCGCCGGAAUUGGUGUUGCUGCGGGAAAAGUUUACGGCCAAAAGUCAACUAGAAAUAGCUCAACUGCAACUUAAACAUGAAGAAGAGAUGGCCCGCAUGAAGAACGACUUUGAGAAGCAGUUGCAGCGCAAGCUGAAGCGUCACACAACCUUCGAUUCUAGUCGUGGUCUCGAUAAAAUCAUUAGCGAGCGUGAUAACCUACGGGAGCUAUCGUCGACCCUGCGAAAUGUGGUCGGUGGACUAGCGAAGUAUUUCUCGGUCUGUGAAGAAGAUCUCAACAGCACGGUGCUGGAAGAAUUGCAUCGCUAUCAGCAGCUCCAACAGCAAGGCAAUGAAUCGCUGCUGGCGACUGAUGUAAGCACCGACGAGGGUCAGCUGGUGGGAGAAGCUGACUGUACUGCCACCGAGAGUGUGCUGAACGUCACGGAUGUUUCCUUCCUGGCGUCAUGUAAGCUGCGUAAGUUUGCUCCCGACAUGUCCGGUAUCAUAUCCAUCAUCGAGGAUCCAUCGUUGGUAGAGUACGUGUCUGCGAAAGGACAGUCGCAUGAUGGAGAUUCCGAACCGGAAAAUAUAUCUCUCAAUCUGGAGGAAUGCAUGGAGCGUUUGAAAGCGGAGGCACACAGCUUACUUACCCUGUCCGAGCGUAUUAAACAAAAGACCAUCGCACCGAAGGAUGACGAAUCGGACAAGGCGUCUGAAAAGAACGAUAGUUGCGAGGAAGAGGAUGGUUUAAAACGACGUGGAAAAUCUGCCGAGAGAGGUCUAGAAAGUGCACGAUCGUUUGAUGAGAAUAUUGUACGACCGGUUGCACCGGAACGGGACGGUAAAGCGAACGGUGCCACCAGUUGCCGUAGUCUUCCAAUCGAUCUUGCGGGAUUGCAACUGAACGGUGAGCUGAAUAUGCAGCUACACGAGCUGAAAAACCGAUUGCUUAAGUCGGAAGAUGAGCGUAAACUGCUCGAAACGGAGCUGGCCGAGGCACGCAGCAAGCAGAACAGUCUGGUGAGCGAGUUGUCCGAGACAAAGCAACACCUGCUGGAACUAAACAGUCAACGGGUGGAAUUCAGUGAGGGUUACGGUACAAAUGCGUUACUGCCGACUGCUCAGCGUGUGAACAAUUCAUUCGUGGAGCUGCAAGAGCGAGCUAAGGUGCUGCUGGGCAGUACCGGCACGGGUCCAGAUCAAACGAUCGAGGACAAUUCAAUGUUGCUGCAGCUUGUGGAAGACUUCUGUCGCGAAGGAGAACGCUACCUUGAAGACGAAAAGCGAGACCGGAUGGAUUUGCAAUCACAGAUUGAAGCGGCCGAUAAACAGCUUAAAGCAACACGGCAAUUCCUCGAAGACCAGGCUGCCGAACGUGAGCAGGAACGUGACGAGUUCGUCAAGGAAAUCGAACGGCUGAAGAGCACGAUGCGUGAGAAGGACAAGGAUAAGGUGAACUUCGAACGUGCCACCAAGGAGGAGGGAUGCGUGAGCGACUGUAGAUAUGCAAAAGAAAAUCGGGCAAUUGCUGCAAACCUGGAAUCGAUGGAACAGCAGGUGAAGGAACUAACGACGCAGAUCGCCGACCGGGACGAUCGGUUGCGAAAGAUGGAAACCGACCUGAAGGAUUCAAUCGAUAAAGGUUUCACGCUGCGAGAAAUAAUCUCCGAGCUGGAAACUCAGAUCGAAAGCAAGACAAUCAAUGAACAUGUAUUGGAGACAAAGGCUAAGGAGCUCGAGAAGUACAUCGAUGUGCAGAGUCAGCAAAACGAAUCGCUCCAUCAAGAGAUGGAAAGCGUGAAGACGGAUUUGGCCGGUCGCGGGUACGACGAAAAGAUUGCCAAGCUGGAGGAAGAAUUGCGGCACCGACAGCCGUCGACAGAGCAGAGCAUCGUGCUGGAGGCGCUCACCGUCCAGUUACGCGAUAUCGAGGAAACACUCGAGCGCAAAACGAAAAACUUGGAAACGCUUCAUUCCACCUCUGGUGCAUCGCUCGGAUGCAGUAGCCCUUCGGAAGAUGUGUCCGUAAAUCAGGAUAGUCCACUGCAUCGGCAGAGGAAAGGGACGUCUGCUGGCGAUGGGGAAGCUGGUUCACCGAGUGAUGAUAAGCCCAAAGUAACACCCUUGCCGGUGGAUGAAGUGCAACGAAUAUUCGAUAAGCUGCAUCGGCACUCGCGUGUCGAGGAUGUUGCUAUCAAGCGCAUCAACGAUCUUGAGAUGCAGAUUAGCAACAUCAGGAGUGGUUAUGCGGAACUUCAACACGAGCGGGAUGUACUGCAAGAGAAAAUGUCCGAACAAUCCUUGAAGAUCUCAUCGCUCCAGACGAAGCUAGACGAGCAGCGAUUACGUGCCGAAGAACUGCAUCGACAAGGCACCUCUCAGCUUACGGUGAAGGUACACGAUCUGCAAAACGAGCUGCAUAAUCUGAAGGAAACGCUUCAAACGCGCGACAAGCAGAUUGCCAACCUGAAACAGUUCCUUGAAAACAGUCAACAGGCGAUUGCGCGCCAGGAGAAGGAACUGGCCAUGAAUCAGGACGGUACGGAACGUAACCACCACGAGCAGCGGCUGGAGGCUGAGCUGAAAGCGAAAGAGGAAGAGAUCCGCAUCCUGAAGGAUCGUAUCAAGAAUGAGAUGAUCAACAAGGCAACUCUGCCGGACCUGAUGGAGACGAUACUCGCCGACAAGAAUGAGGAAAUCGAUCAGCUGAAAGAAAAACUGGCACAGUACCAGCAAAUGGCGGCGGAUAAGGCGGAUGGCAAUCAGCGCAAUGAUGGUGCCUUGGCCAGAGAUGACGACGGUGGGCGAACGUUGAGCGAUGUCGUUUCCAUAACCGAUGGUGAUGAAUCGGACAUGGUGAUGCGAAGGAUGCCGGAACAGAACACACUGGGCGGUAUUCUGCCGGUACACAGCAUUCCAAUGAUGUUCCUGGCCGACUUCUGUGUACUGACGAUAAAGGAUUCCGGCUUAUCAUUGCUUCCGAACCAUUCCAAACAAUCAUCGGUCCCGAUGGUAGGUCACAUGCUGAGUGGUGGCCAUGAUUCGACCAUGCUCAACUCCAUCCCGCUGCGUUCGAACUUUUUCCACGACGUUUGUUCGGCUGUGCCACGUAUACCGGAUCAAACGUGCAGCAGUGCACCGACUCCGGAGUGUGUACCACGGCAAAUAGACUUUUCAUUGGUCGAUGAUGGAUCGCCACAGCUCGGUACACAUCGCCAGUCAGCCCCACCCGCACCACAAAUGUUGAUGUUUUUCGGUGCCAACACAACAGGGAACGGUCCGAGAACUUUGGUUCGAGAACCGGCCGUCAUUGAGGAGAUUGUGGAGGAGGAGGAAUAUAAUAACGACAUUAUGGUACAUCAAGCUCAAUCCAGCACACCGAACCAGGCACAGACCACCCUAGAAGGUGAGAUAGAGUCUUUAAAAUUAAGCCUAGAUAAAGUUGUAAGUGAAAAGAACGAGCAGAUAGAGGCCCUGAAAGUCGAGCUACAGCAGAAGGUGGAACAGAUGGAGGAUCUACAGGUUGAGCUUGCGGCUCGGAAUAAGCUGUACGAAGAUCUGAUGCAAGAGAAGAAAGAGCUGCGUGACGAAGUGGAAAAGGUGAAACAAGAGCUUUGUCGGCUUGAUCAGCAGGCGCACGAUAUGCAGCGAAAAGAUGCAGAGUUGAGAGAGGCAUUGGAGCAGGUUCGUCAGAAAGAAGCCGAAUUAUGCGAGGUAAACACCAAGUACGAGAAGGUACGCAUCGAAAUGGAAGAUGUUACGAAAGAAGCCAGUGUGCUGCGGGCUGAACAACAACGGCAGAAGUUGGAGGUGGACACACUGCGACAGCAGGUUGAAUCCCUGAACAAAACUAUCGGACAUAAGGAUGAGCUGAUGUCGAAGUUGGAAAAAGACUUGCUAAAUUAUAGCAAAAAUGAGGAGAAAUAUCUCGAACAGCUACGUUCGCUGGACGCGAAGGAGACGGAACUGAAAAUAAUGCAAGGCAACUACAAAGAUCGUCUGCACGAGAUCGAAAUACUGAACGAGGACAAUCGUUUCUUAACGGAGGACAUAAAUCGGUUGAAGAACGAAAUUGCCCGCAGUAAUAAUUCGCUCAGCUCGAACUCAUCUUACGUGCAGGCAUUGAAGCACAACUGUACCAAACUCGAGGAAGAGUUGCAGGAAACGAAGCUGUUGCUCACGGAGAAGAUGCUGGCUCUCGAGCGGGUAAGGAUAGAUCUGAGCGGUUGUCAGCAUGAAACGGAAGACUUACGCUCUGCCUUGAAGGAAAAAGAGAUGAUCAUACAACAGAUCGGUGAUGAUGGCAACAGUCUCCACGAGGCCCUCUCAAACAUUCAGGAGAAAAUGCAGGAGAAAAACGUGACGCUUAACGGUAAGCUGCGCGAGGAACAGGAACGAAAUGCGCAAUUGCAAUCGGAAGUGGAGCGAUUAAAGCAGCAAUUGCAACGCAGCGAUAAUUCGUCCAGUCCAAAACCGUUCUCGGUAGAGGAGAUAGCAGAACAGCUGGAAAAGGAGCUGAACUAUUCAGCUCAGUUAGAUUCGAGCAUACUGAAAGCGAUCGAGAGCGAUGAAAUGAACACGGAUGAAGAACGCCAGGGUACGUCCGGCACAGUGGGUAGAAAGGCAGGCUCACGGAAACCUUCUGACCUGGACGAUUUGAGGCAGAAAUUGCAAUUGGAGAUCGACAAAGGGAAAAAGAUGCAGGAACUGCUCGAAGGUGAGAAGCAAAACUCGGCCGACAUUCAGCAACAGGAUGCUGAAAUCAUCGAAGCGAUGCGCAUCCGGUUGGAGGCAGCUUUGGGCAAUGAGAGUACAUUGCAGCGAAUGCUGGAAGAGGAGCGAACUAAAAACGAACGCUUGUCGCGCAUGGUUGGUGGACUGCAGAGGACAAAAUCGUUCGAUAAUUACCUCCUGAUGAAGGGUAAAGGUUCUCCCCAGGAUGGAUCUCCGCAGCGGCGCCUUAACCGAAGUAACGAAUUUGAAACCGAAAUGGUGGCACGUUACGAAAGCGAACUAAAGUUCUUGACGGCACAAAACGCACGUGAACGCGAAAGAACCGCUGACCUGCAGCGAGUACUGGAACGUGAACGGGAGCGUUUCGAACGGGAAAUCACCGAGCGCACCGAACACGGCGAACAGGUGAAGAAGGAGUUGAAUCGAGUGCUGAAGGAAAAAGAAUCACUUGAGCUAGAGUUAGACCACGAGCAGGAGAAAUUGGAACUAGCGCACAAAGAGAUCGAAAGCUUAGAAAAGCGUAUUGGUGCGUUGCAGGAAGCGGAAGCGCUUCGAUCGGCACGACGGGAACGAACCUCCGGUCAAAAUUCGCUUGAAUAUCAGGAACUUAAGCUUCGGCUGGAAAGUGUGGAAUUUGAGCGUAACCAACUGCGAGAUACAGUGCAAAGUCUACGCUCCGAGGUGGAUCGACGACGUGUCCGAGAGGCGCACCUGACAGAAGCACUUUCUCGUGAAAAUUCGCUAAAUGCACAGCACCAAAGUCAGCAACAGAUCGUGCCGGAAGAGUUCCUAAACAAGCUGAAGGAUCUGAACCGCAUGCUAGAAGCGAAUGCACGCGAAAAUCAGCAGCAGGCAGAAACGGUACGCUUCAUGAUGGAGGAACGACGCGCAUUGCAGCACCGUAUACAGGAGUUGGAGCGGUACAACGUGCACAACAGCGGAGGAGGCCAUCACCAGCGCGAGGAUCUGGAAGAGCGGGCGAACCAUCUGUUCGGAAAGUACCUGCGCUCGGAAAGCCACCGGAAAGCACUGGUCCACCAGAAGCGCUACCUACAGAUCGUACUGACCACGUACGAGGAAAAUGAAGCGAAAGCGCUUGCGCUACUGAACGCACAACUUCCGCCCGGUCAGCUGGAAGUGCUUGCCCUGGCUAGCGGACCACGCUCGCUCGAAUCUUCCUCGCAUCCGCGACGUAAGUCGUUCCGUUCGAUUGUAACGGUGAUCGUGGCUAUCGAACGGAUGAAGUAUCUCGUCCGUAAAUGGCAUGGCGGGCGGCGGGUUUGCGCGAAGGCCAUCUUCUCACAACCAUUCAGCCCGCGUCGUUCGCAGUCAGCCAGCACGAACGUUUGGGCACGGUCGCCCGGUUCACAUUUCGUGGAGUAUGCGACGGCAGGUGGCGGUACUGGUGGAAUAGUGCGGAUGGAACGUGCCGAACCGAUACCACCGCAGGUGUUCGGUGUCUCGUCCGGUGGUGGGGCCUUCGCGAGGACACUUGCCGUACCGGUUGCAUCGCCGACCUCUUCGCUACGCAUGUCCGUGGACGUCCUCGAGACGCUCCGCGAACAUCAGCAUCCUCAACCGCAUCAACAACCGCAGUACAAUCGGAAUACCCAAGGCAAUCGAUAG